CUCUCCUCUUCUUUUCUCUCCCUCCGCCACUCGACGCCCAACCGAGCGCGACCUCGCCGCGCCGCCCAUGGUCCUAUCCACGCCGCGUCAGGAGGAAGCAGAGAAGCGUCGGCGAGUAGGUCGUCGGCCGGCCGAUGGAGGCAGCGACGAUCCCGAGUCGAAGGUGCAGUAGAGAUGGCAACAGGAUGAGGCCGAGAGGAUGCCGACAGUGAGGUUGACCGGUAGGGGGAGUCAAGAUUGUCAGGGGAAGCAAUAGCGGUGGCCUUGGGCCUUGGAUCCCGGUGGCGAGGUCGCGCUCGGCCAUCGAGCCCACCCCCAUGGCGCCCCGGCCAUCGAUGGCCGGCUCCGAGUUCUCCUACGCGUUCGCAAUCGUCGCCGAUCCAAUCUGUACUCUGAUGAGAGAAGGGGAUAGCGUUGGCACCUUGGCAGCAGCAAAGGAGAGGCGCAGUCAAAGAGAGUCACGCACGCAGUUAGGGGAAGCAGGCAAGGCGAGUUGGGAGAAGGAGAGGAGGAGGAGCGAGCAAUGGCGGCAGCAGCAGCAGCUUUGCCCACCGCUGCCGCUUUUCCCCACCUCUCCUCCGAUUAAUCCCCUCCUCCCAUUUCUCCGCCUCCCCUACCUACUCGCGCCGCCGCCGCCGCCGCCGUCGCAUUGGGCGGCAAACGGCCUGAUGGAGCAGUACGAGGAGGAGAAGAUUGGAGAGGGCACGUACGGGGUAGUGUACAAGGCGCGGGACAAGGUCACCAACGAGACGAUCGCGCUCAAGAAGAUCCGGCUUGAGCAGGAGGAUGAGGGUGUCCCCUCCACCGCCAUCCGCGAGAUCUCGCUCCUCAAGGAGAUGCAUCACCGCAACAUCGUCAGGUUACACGAUGUUAUCCACAGUGAGAAGCGCAUAGGUCUUGUCUUUGAGUAUCUGGAUCUGGACCUGAAGAAGUUCAUGGACUCUUGUCCAGAGUUUGCAAAAAACCCCACUUUAAUUAAGUCAUAUCUCUAUCAGAUACUCCGCGGCGUUGCUUACUGUCAUUCUCAUAGAGUUCUUCAUCGAGAUUUGAAACCUCAGAAUUUAUUGAUAGAUCGGCGUACUAAUACACUGAAGCUUGCAGACUUUGGUUUAGCCAGGGCAUUUGGAAUUCCUGUCCGCACAUUUACUCAUGAGGUUGUAACCUUGUGGUAUAGAGCUCCAGAGAUCCUUCUUGGAUCAAGGCAGUAUUCUACACCAGUUGAUAUGUGGUCAGUUGGUUGUAUCUUUGCAGAAAUGGUGAACCAGAAACCACUGUUCCCUGGUGAUUCUGAGAUUGAUGAAUUAUUUAAGAUAUUCAGGGUACUAGGAACUCCAAAUGAACAAAGUUGGCCAGGAGUUAGCUCAUUACCUGACUACAAGUCUGCUUUCCCCAAGUGGCAGGCACAGGCUCUUGCAACUAUUGUCCCUACUCUUGACCCUGCUGGUUUGGACCUUCUCUCUAAAAUGCUUCGGUACGAGCCAAACAAAAGGAUCACAGCUAGACAGGCUCUUGAGCAUGAGUACUUCAAGGACCUUGAGAUGGUACAAUGACCCUGCUAUGGCUUUACAUUGAAUUGGCUUAUGUAUGGGCUGGGCUGCUCAUUUCAUUCCUUGUGUGAACGCUGUGCCCUUCGUUUGGGCAUUUUUGUCAUUCAGCUGGAUAUAUUUCAAAUCUUGUGUGUUUGAUAUGUAUAUUCAGGAACGCUAAAUAGAUCACCGUCUUGGCCUCUAUUUGUUGAGAGUAAA